AGCUCUUUCACACCAGAAUAAACUAAUAAUACUACUAGUCACAACAAAUCAUUCCACGUUUCCUUCUCUCUCUCUCUCUCUCUAUAUAUAUAUAUGUAUGGAAGCAAAGGAUUUUAAGAAGCAUUCGCCCUGAACUGGUUUCGUUUUGAGAAGAAAAGAAAAGGAAAAAGCUAUAAUGAAGAAUAGCUCCAUGUCUUCAUUCGAUCCUCCCACAACUCUGCAACACGAAAAAGAGAAAGCCAACGAUUUCAGAGAGAAAGGAGAUCAUGUGAAGCCUCGUACAAUAGAGAUAAAAGAGGCGGUGACAAAGAAGCUAGAGAGCAAGCCAUCCCAAGACAUCAACGAAAGUGCUGAAGCAUUCAUCAAGAAAUUCAGGCAACAACUUUUGAUCCAAAGGCUUGAAUCCAUAGAGAACUACGAGCAAAUGCUAGAAAGAGGGCUGUAACAUAUAUUAUAUAUACUCUUUCUUGAUCUUCAUGUGACUGUAAUAAAGUUUGUGUUUCGUUUCGUUUGUUGUAGCUUGUUUCCACUCUUUGAUAGAUAUGCAUGUUUUAGAGGGAUAAGCAAUUAGGAAUAUUAAAAAAAAUUAAUGUUUUUAGUCACUUAAAAAUGAAGUAUUCUUGUAAUUCAAUGGUAUUGUUUGUUUUUCUUUAUAAUGAGAAUUAGGAUUGGAACCCCUCCUUCAUUA